AUGGCUUCAAUUGCGCUGCAGCCCGCGCAGCCCAGCAGCCCGCGAUGCCUUCAAUUGCGCUGCAGUCCGCGCAGCCUAGCAGCCCGCGAUGGCUUUAAUUGCUUGCUGCAGCCCGGCAGCCCGCGAUGGCUUCAAUUGCCUGCUGCAGCCCGGCAGCCCGCGAUGCCUUUAGUUGCUGCAGCGGGCUACGUGCGCAGGCCGCUGGAAUGGCACUGUAGCACCCCGGCAGGCCUAUUUUUAGCGCUCGUGAUAGGGGCUCUUAGUGGCUAUACGGGCCUUAGCAGCGGAGUUAUAUAA